UCACAUAUUAUUCCAUAUAUGUAUACAUAUACAAAUAUUAUUAUAAAAAAUAUAUAAUUUAUAUAAUUACAAUGUUCAUAAUUAAAAUAUUAAUAUUCAAGAUUUUUUUAUUGAACACUAGUUUAGCAGAAUGGAUAGAAAUUCCUCAAUUUUCUAAUGAAGAAAAAGUAUAUAAAAUACCUCUAAGACAAGAUCAGUUUUAUAAAUUUACUCAAAAGGAAAAUCAGUUCUUUUAUACAUAUCAAAAUAUUACUUAUAAAAAUUUAAAAGGAAAGCAAACGGCAACUAAUAAAACUGGAGAAUAUGAUUUUUAUAAAUUAAAAAAUAAUGUCAAAGAAGAACCUACAAUUUUAAAAUAUUUUAACAAAAAUGAAACAACAGAUUCUUUAAUAACCAAAGAAAAAAAAGAAAAUAAACAAUAUUUAGACAAAAUUUUUAUUGCAAAUGAUAUAGGACUUUUGAAUUAUCUUCCAGUGGAUAUACUUGAAAAUGUUCAUUGUACUUUAAAAUCUCAACCUGCAUCAAAUGAUGGAAAAAUUCAAUUUUUGAAGACAUUUGAAAAUACAUUAAUUUCUGAAAUAGAAGUUCAACUUGUAGCAAGUACAAUAAUUGCUCGAAAAAAAAGAGGUACUGAUCAAUAUGAUCACAAUUAUGAUUAUGAACAUGCAGCAGGAUUUCCAUCUAUAGAAGGUGCACUUAUGGCUAUUUCAUUUCUUACAUUUGCUGUGUAUCUUGUUAGAUUGGUCAUGCUUUUAUUUAGAAAUAUGAAUAAUUCUGCAUCGACUACUAGCGCUACUUUACUUCUUGGUAGAAGAAAAAAAUCAGUAGGCAAAUUAGACGAUGAUAUAAGAAUGAUUCUUAAAGAUAUACAUAAUUUUUCUUCUAAAUUUAAAAAAAAAAUCUAAUAUAUGAAAAUGUAUACAUUAAUUAGAUAAAUAUCUGUAUCUAAUUAUAUUAAAUAAUAAAAUCUAAAGUAAUU